AUGUCGACGGGAGCCGUAGCGGAGCCGGAGACGGACGACGGCUACGAGGCCGUCUUUAACGUGAAUGUCUUCUCCGACAGGGAGCUGCAGGUAGAGGUCGUCGGCCAUGACGACCACGCGCCCGGGUCCGGCGCCAGCCGCAAGCGCCGCCGUGAGGAGGACAAAGGUGCAUGCAAUAAAGAUAUUGACUCAUCUUGUACUGUGUCGAGUACACCGAUUUUACGAGUUGAGACUAUUUAUGUCAGUUCGGCGAUUCUUGCUGCAAAAAGUAGUUUCUUUUACAAGGUUUUCUCAAAUGGCAUGAAAGAAUCAGUCAGAACUGCUGAUUCUGAGGAGAAAGCCUUCAUGGAGCUGUUACGCUUUAUGCAUAGUGGAAAGUUUACAGCAACAACUGAGCCCACUCCUCUGGUUGAUUUACUGAUGGCUUCUGACAAAUUUGAGGUCGUUUCCUGCACGAAGCUUUGCAUUCAGCUUCUCAUGGUCCUGCCUAUGACUCCAGAAUCUGCAGUGAUGGGCCUAGAUCUCACAUGUUCCAUUUCAAUGGCAGCAGACCUGACAGAGGAAGCCAAGAAAUUCCUUGCCGAGAGGUACGUGGAAUUCCUGUCAACAGAGUUCCAAGAUGAACUUAUGAUGAUCCCUCCUGCUGGGAUUGAGGCCAUCUUAUCAAGGAAUGACUUCGGGGUUGCUUCUGAAGUAACUGUCUAUGACUUCGUGCUCAGGUGGGCCUGUUCACCAUGCCCAAAUUCUGAAGAAAGGAGAAAUAUCUCGAGUUCUCGCUUACUUCCAGUAAUGCGUCUUCGUAUGACCAAUGCUGUUUAUUAUUCUUGUCGUACGGUUGACUGGGCUGUAAAGCGUGACCAGUGCCGUUCUCUACGUAUGCUGAGAGCAAUACUCAGUCAGCCAUUCUGUUGGGAAGAGUAUGUCUUCUCCCUCUCGGUACACUGGGUUGGUCAUCUUGGUCUCUAUAUAGAGAUGGAAAAAAACAAAGGGCCAACAAGAGCAGUGCAACAUCGUUUAUGGAGGCCCCCAAAUCCCGUUGGCCCGCCUACACCUCUCCUCCUCCUCCUUCUCCCUCGCCGCCGCCUGAGGGCGUGGCGGGCCCUCAGGGACCUCCCGCUCAUGAGGGGCUGGCGUGGGCCGGCGCCCCCGGGCCAGAGUGUGGCGUGCGGCCAGGCGUCACAGGUGGUGGUGGCGGCGCUCCGCAAUCCCGUACCUUCGCGGUAG